CAUAAAAGGGCGAAGCCACUGUUCUUCAAACAUCUGUUCAAAGCAUCACUCAUCGAAAGAACAAUAAAAAUCAUUCGCCGAAAAAACAGAACAGAAGAUUUUUCUUGCAUUUCGCUGAAACGUAAGUUUCAUUCUUUUCAUUUUACUUUAAAACUUAUUUGAAAUUAUGAGAAACAUCAGUUCUUAGCUAAAUCAGGUUAAGGUGUCAGUGUAUAAUUUUGUUUUGUGUCGAAUGCUGCGCAGAGGGAACCUGUAACAUGUAGUAGAAUGAUUACAAAUGAGUAACAACAGGCAAUCAAGUCAGUUCCCAAAAUGUUGUAUUGUUGAGCGUCAAUUCAAAAAUGAAAUGAUUUUGUUUUAUCAUCACCUUGGAUGGUUUGUUUUAUUAUCACCUUACGUAAGCACCAUCUUUAUGAAAUGAAAAAUUAAAGCUGCAUGCUUUGAGAAACAUCAGCUAUGGUAAUCGCUUUUGAAAAAUUAAAAAGCCAGCAUGACGACUAGUAUAGAACAUAUCCAGAGUCAAUAUAUUGCAUUGCCUUGCCUUGCGCAGCGCCUUGCCUUGCGUAGCGCCUUGCCUUGCGUAGCGAGGUUCAACUCCAGAGCAAUGAGAUAAUAAAAUAUUUUGUACAAGUUUCGCUAAAAGUGUAUUUACCUGCAUAAGCUUUGAAUGCUUGUUUUCGUAAGGUAGGUUUACCGCGAUAAAAAUUAUAAUAUAGUAAUUUAUCAAACGUAAACUCCUGUUUGGAAUUCAUGAUGAGUGCGCUGUUGCUAAAUCUUUUACGAACAAGCAACAAUUUAAAACAAACAAGACGAUUACUCAAGCGUUUAAUCCGCAUUCUAUAGGAACGAAAUAUCGUGCCGGUUGGAGAGAACGGCUCUACAAAAAAAGGACCUAAGAAUGGUCAUCGCCUUAUCAGUAAUUCUUUAUUUAGAAGCUGCGAAAAAGUUAAGGAAACGGAGAACAUGGGUGUGGUGUUAGGUUAUCCCAAAGAACCCUGUGUGUUCAUACUGUGUUACGCCAAAAAUACUGAUCUUAAAAUUUGCACUGGCGGGAAAAUUUUUACUGACUACCGAAACGAUAAAACAGAUUCAGCGUUUCGAACGAAGGCCCUUCGUCAACACUAAAAAAGACUGGAGAUAUUUAAAGGUAGCGCAUUUUUAACCUUGUGCACUGGACAAUUAUCCUGUUUUGCUGAAACAUUUAACUGAACAGUAAAUUUCACAAUUUAUAUUGCUAAAAUCGUUUACACUACUUUACAAAAAGCACAACUGUCAGCAGUGGCGACACCAGGCACGAAUGUUUGGGGCAAUUAAGAGACAAACCAAUUCUCUUUUGAGGUGGCAUAGUGACAAGGUGCAUUGUAUUAAACUAUCAAUAUCAAAGUUUUAAGCAACGUUAAAACGUCUAAUAAUCUAUUGAAGAGUACUUAAAGGUUCAAAUUCGAACAGCCAAUCAACAUCAUGCAAAUGCCAAUUGGCUAAUCAUUUUCAAAUCCAUCAUCAAAUUAAUGCUGUUUGACCACAGUGGUUUGACCAAUAUUGAGGACUAAAGUAAGUCUAAAUUUGAGGUUUCUCUGACAGUAAAUUAUAUUGUUUAGUAAUCUAUAAUGCAGCAUACUGAAACAAAAAGCUCGAAUACUGCAAAAUAUCUGAGAGGGGCAAAUAGUAGGGGCAAAAUUCCUCCUCCUCUUGCAGCUGCCACUCACUGCAAUAACAUGUAUAAGACUACUGUUAAAUCUAAGAAAAAGUUUAUAAAUUCACAAUAUGGACAAGGUACAAAGAUUCACAAUAUGGACAAGGUAUUAAGAUUUUGACAUAUUUAGAAUCAUUAUUUACGCUUUAUUAUAACAAGAUGCAUAAUCUGUUUUUCUUCAAAAUUUGUCAUCUACCAUGAAAUAGCGACGAUACACUUAUUUAAAUUGUUAGAUACAAGUUCGCCAACUUCGCCAUAUUUAUAAUUCACAAUGUUUUGACAAAGCGCCGGAAGUAACAUGUGCGGGUCAAAAAAACUAAAAAGGUUUCGACGUAACAUUAGCACAAAUGUACACAGAUGUACCUUUCUAUCAAGGAGCCUGUUUGCGUUACUGAUCUGCAAACUAAAACUGGAUAGUGCAUCUGUUAAUCAAGUUAGGUCAAUUUAUUUUAGCCACAAAUAUACUAUAAAACAAACACACAUAUAUAAACAUAAAUAAACAUAAAUAACAAACAAAAAUACAAAUUAAACUGGCAAGGAAGCCCGAAUAAAAACUGAAAAGCUUAUAAACUUUGAGCUACCUUUUACAAUCUAAUAAAACCAUGCAUAAAUGAAGCCAUAUUUGUGUGACCAUCUACUGUGGUUUUACCAAUGGGUUUUGCUGACAUAGUAGAAAAAAUUUGUACAGCACAAUUUCUGGUUAUUGUUGGGACAAGAUAAACAUUGGCUGAUGUGAAAAUCAUCACUGAGUUAGCCUAUCUUUUCCCUUAAAUUUGCGUGUGAAAUACUGUGAAUAACUAAUGAGAUCACACCAAGAUGGCUGCCACAAAUCUCAUUAUCUAGUGCUUUAAACCUUCGAAGACUUAUUAGAACGAAUGUUGGAUGCUAUAUCUUUCAACUGACAUAGACAAAGGCAUUUGCUUGUUAAUGUUAAUGCAGCUAAUUUAAUAAACACUUAGGAUUUGAUUUUCAGAGUUUUUACAGACUUUAAAUCUCAUAGAUAUUCUGGCUUCAAAAUUGAUUGAUCGAAAACAAAAGCAUGCUUUAUCCAGUCCUUGUUGUCAGAUCAGUGGUUGACGACAACAGACACUGGUAUUCUAAAACUCCACGCUUUGCAUGCGGAGUAAUAUAACUAAUAUAUAAACAUUUAAAAUAAACUUGCCUUGUGUUUUCUGCCGUAAUGUCUUCAAAUCCUUUGCUUCGAAGUAAAAACUGUUUUGCGUUUAUCGUUCUAACAAUUUUUGUGAUUUAUGUUUUCAACUUUCACUUUUGACAAUCGCCAUAUAUUUUGAGGGAUUAAUGAGAGAUGAUCAUUGCUGGACUUUUCCAUCUACUUGCUGCCCUUUCCGUUGUGUAAAUAGCCGUGCGGAUUUAGUAAUCCUCGCCUAGUUUUUCAUUCGAAAUUAUCCUUGUGUUUUCUCCUGAGUUUGCUAAUAAAAGUACAAACAAGUGUUACUAAAUUGCGAAUCCGUUACAUGUCACUAGGGGAGCACAUCUUGAAACCUAAGAACGAAUUCGCUUUAUUACCAAAAUUUAUGAGAUCAUACACUGCAAUUUCACUUAAUUUGAAGAGCCUACCCCUUGCCCCCUUUAUUCAAUGUUGGUCCCACAAAAAAAUCUGGUCGCCAGAAGCCAACAUUGAGUGGGGUGGAGAGACGGAUGGGAAUACGUUUAUCAAGAAAUAGUAAAUCUUGAUUGUCCCAAUGGUAUUGUCAAACAUUGUAUAAAACCAAGGCCACGCAAGGUUAGAAUUGCAUUUAGCUGCAUCUUAUAGUAACGGGAACUUUUUUUAGUUAAUAAAUGACAUUGAUAUCUCAUGCACUAAGUAACUAAAAUUGAGUUCUUCCUUCCAUUAUAUUCGUUCGUCCAUUCAUUCAUUAUUUCCCUUCCUUUUUAUCUUUCUUCCCAUUUUCUAAUGAUUUCUUUCUUUCUUUACUCUCUUUCCCUCUUUCCAUUCUUCACCCUUUUUCCUUUCUCUUUCCUUCUCCUACCCACUUCCCUCCCACCCACGCUUUUUCACCCUUUCUCUUCUCUCCCUUUCUCACCUCUCUCCCACUUUUUCCCUCUUUUUCUGCUUUUCGUCCCUCUCUUUUCAUCCCUUCCACUCCUUUUCUCCUCUCUUUCCCUUCCUCACGCUUCUUCCAUCUUUCCCUCUUGCUUUCCCUCCUUCUCUAUUCAUCCCUUUCUGUCAUUCUGUCUCUUUCUUCCCCUUCUUUCCUGUUCUUUCUCCCUCCCUCCCUCCCUCUUCGCUACUAUUGCUUACUCCCUUCUCUUUUUAUCCCUUUUACUCCUUUCUGUCCCAUUCUCCCCUUCUUUCCUCUCUCCCCUCUUUUACUUUUUCUUUCUUCCUCUCCUUAAGCUUGCCUCUCUCGUUUUAUCCUUUUCUCCCGUUUCAAUUUCCUGCCUUCCCUCCCUUCUUUUCUCCUUCCUUCCUCGGUUUGAAACGAACUAGUUGAAAAUAACCUGUAAUUGUCUUUUACUUCUUUAGAUGAACACUUAUUCACUGUACGUGGCGUUGCUUCUCGCAGUUCUGAGCAGGUUAGAUCUUGCAGUAGCUGUCGACCAAGUAGGUCUUUGGUCCAGGUGUUACAGUGCUCCUGCCUCAGACGCAUUUCUAGCUCCAGAUGGAAAUAUACCAGCUUAUGCUAGCGGAAGAUAUGGAAAGGCCGUGAAAGGCAAUAAGUGUCUUGCUUACACUGCCAACGGUGGUGAAAAUACGUGGAAUGACGGUUCAUUCGUAUAUCUACGGUUUGUUAACACCUUUUUUUCUCUUUAAAGUCGAACUAAACAAAUUGUGUGUUUUGUUAACGUUUCUAAGAAAUGGUUUAAUAUUCAUUCAGAUUUCUCCCUAACUGUUAAACGGAAUGCAUUUAAAAAUUCCACAGUGCACAAUAAAGUUAAAUUUUUAGAUGUAAAGUUAUCUAUUACCUUAGCACAAAAAGUAUUUAUUAUUGGAUUUGAAGUGAGUGAGCUUUUUUUAAACUAGGAAAUAUAAUAAUUCCGAAAGUGCUAAUGAUUACAAAUGGGUCAACUACGGGAAGUAUCUCUCGGGAGAAGAGCACUGUGAACCCGUUAAAUAUGGAAGAAGUGACACGCAGGUCUGUUAUUUGCAUGGGAUGCAUCUCAGGGAAAGGAAUGGAAAUUGGAUAUAUAAAGAUACUCUUGGGUUCUGCUGGAACAAUAGGGAGGCUUGGACAACGUAUCAAGGUAACCAGUUUGAAGAACAUCCCAGCUGGGCCUACGGAAAUGCUGAAGUGUUGUGCCUUGCCAGAACGACACGAAUGGAAGUGACUAUCCAACACGUGGAUCCUAUCACCUCUGGUAGCUUAGUGCACAAACCAGACUUGUACCUUCACGGUAAUUUUCUUGUAAUUACUCUUACGAUUUACUGAGCAAUGCAAGACCAUGUGUCAUGAUGUGUGUACGGAUCGAUGAUUCGUUGGUGUAUAACUACUUGAUCGCAGGCGCUAAUUCUUCUGCAAACCCAAAUAAAUCAAUUUUAAAUGUCUUAUGUUUGUGUGUCGAAUUCAGGAAUUUUUCAGCUUGUACGAUGUGGACUAACUCAGAAUAAUAUCAGCAAAUAAAUAAAAACCUUAUUUCGAGACUACAAACACAAGGCAUCUUGAUGAUUAGAUCUGCAUACACAUAGAGGUGGGGACACUUGAAUGGAAUGGCUAGUUUUGUCAAGAGUGGAGUAAAUUAACAUCUAAACCCAUGUCCCUUGUUUCAAUGUUGCUCUCAAUGCGAUUGAUAGUUGACAGCAUCACAAUAAAACACGAAAUCACUUCUGAUAAAAUGUUAUUUUUAGCCUCACUCACUCUCACAAGAUUGUAAGAGAAGGGUAGGUGUAUGUUACCUGUCUCAUCCUUACCGGUCCACAUAUUUUGUCACUGAUUGUUAAAGCCCGUUCUCCACUUCAUCAUUUUGCUCGGCGCUGUUGAAGUAUUUCGCCAGUGACAGGAUUUUCAUUACGAAAAAUUACGGGAAAAUUACGUCAUUGGCGAAAUAUUUUGCCGGCGCCAAGCGAAAUGAAGGCGUCAUUCCACGACGAGCGAAAUGCAAAAAAUUUCGCAGGAAACACAUUUGUGCGAAAUUUUUUUGCAUUUCGUUCGUCGUGGAAUUACGCCCUGGUGAAGUGGUGUACGGGCUUCAAAAUGUGCCUGAAGGGCAUUUGCAUGGUGCCACGAAAUUCAAAUGUAUUGUAAUGUUAAAUAUCUUUACAGACGGAACUAUAAAUCGAGGCUCGACAACAACUACAUUACUUUUUAAAAAGACUUAUGUAGAGGAGAUCAGCUCGGACUACUCCACCGAACAUGGAUGGAAAGUUGGUGUAUCCACCACCAUUCAUUCAGGUGUUCUAGCUAGCGCUGUUGCAGAUUUUGAAACAACAAUUUCCGUAGAAGGUCAUGGAAAUUAUGCUUUCGGGAAAGGUGUCAAACAUAGUUCGGAGAUUACUUACCAACGUACAUUUGAGGUGACUAUAUUGUUUCUAUUAUUGUGCAUUAAAUCAAACAAUGUAUGCAGGGUGCCCCCCCCCAAAAGGCUUCCUUUUUAAAUUCAAAUUAGCGUGUUAAGCCUGUUCUGCACUUCACCCUUUUCGCUUGGCACCAGCGAAAUAUUUCCCCAAUGACGUGAUAUCUAUCGUCAAUUUUUUAAUUUGCCAGCGAGGAAUCUUUUCUUGCCGCUUUGGCAGUUAAUUUUCAACUUAAUGAGCUUUUUAAGCUAAUAGAGCCUUAGAGGCACAAGUAUGUGUUAAACAGGUUAUCACAUUCGAGACUGGGUAACAUCAGUUUUGUCGCUUUCAUAACGAUAUCGUAUUUCUCGCUCGUUUUUUGAGGCCGUUUUCCACUAGGCGGAAUUUAUUUUUUCUUUUCCUUUACUUUAUUUUUCCUUGUAUUAUGAUCGUUAUAGUUUCGCCUGAAAGCUCACCAGACAAGAAAAAUGUCGCUCCUCUCGGAAAAUUCCGUCUCGUGGCAAACGGCAUUUGCGCUCGCUGGGGACUGAUAUGAUAUUAGCUUGCGAAUACAGCCGGUAUUUAUCGUUCAUUGGGAAAACGGAGGCUAAUAAUCAUCGUCCCUCGAGAAAUGAAACUUAUAUCACCUCGCGUUAAUUACCGGGUGUAUGGACAUAAUUUUCUCAUGGUCAUAAAGAGCACGUCUUAGCGGCUAGACUUGGAGCAAGUCCGUUUCUGAAAAGUCCGAGGGAGGGAAUCCGAUUGUAAUAAAUAUGGAAUAGAAAUGAAUAUAUAAAAGAAUCUACGCGCGAGGUGCUGAAGGAAGUUUCAUUUAGGUUGGCCAUCGAAUUCCCAAUUCCCUCGGAAUUUCAUCGGACUUUGAAUUCCCUCCCUCAGACUUUUCAGAGACGGACUUGAUCCAAGUGCAGGUCCUAGCUAUUGACUGACAAGUUAUUUUGUGUCAUUUUGAGCAGAACGGAGCAAGUAUGAAUCUAAUAAAAAUUCACGGUCGAAAUGGCAUAUUUUUGUCGUUGGAAAGUGAUGCUAAAGUUAACGUAUUCAGUGAAAAUUUACUCCCUCUGGGACUUGAAGCUUAGAUGACGACCUUCACUUCAAUAACUGAACCUGAACUAUGCAUAAAUCAUAAUUAUAAAUAAUGCCUGGUAAAAUCUUGUAAACCCAGCUGCAAGCUCUUUGUUACCAUGACACAUUCGUGAUUAAUUGCGUUUUCUUUUGUUAAUUGUUGUGCACUGCUUUAAUUAGGUAUAGAGGUGAAAGUAUGUGAUUUUGACCGACAAUUUUUAUCGUUCCCAUAUUUGUUCCGUUUUGCCCAGAAUGACAAAAAAAAACAUGUCAUUCAACAGCAAAGACCCUGAUCUCUAUGAUCUUUACGAGCAUGUAAGCAGGUAGUCCAAACACGGGUAAAAUGGGUAAGAGUGCCAAUUUUAUUUGUGCCGCGCUACAAUUUGAGCGUAGUGUAAACGGGCCUUUUAUUUAACAUAUUUGCGCACGUUUGUCACCGUAAGCUAUGCUCCGGGUUGUGUCCGAUUUUAUGCUUUAAUUAGUUUCAUUCUUAGUUUACAGGGCAAUACUAUAGAUAUGCACUGUUUCGUUAUUUUGAAUAAUUUUCUUAAAGAUGUACUAAUAAUGCACUUGAAGUCUCAAAGUUUCAAUGAAAAGUGCAUUCAAAAUAAUACAAUGGCAUAUUAUGAGUAAUUGUGAAUUUGAAUGGGUUUUUUGAUACACCCUUUUUUGAUACUUUUUUGAUGCGCUCUUUAGCUGCAUGUGAUUGCCAACCUUAAGCAACAAAAUUGAAAAUCUUCAAUUAACAAUAUCAAAAAGCUAUGUUCAUACACCCAAGUAGUUAACGCACAAUGACAUGCCAAAUUUGGAUUACCUUCUUUUUCAUACAUUUCCCACAUGCAUAAUGUGACCAACGUCAAUCUAUUUCCUGUUUUUCGCUCCUUUAGGUACCUAAAUAUACCAAUUACCAAGUGUCGCUCACAAUUUCCAAGCAAGAACUGGAUGUUCGUUAUAGAGCUUUGGAGAAGUACUACGACGAAGACGACAACCUUCUUAGUCAGCAAGAGGUAUGGGGAACCUGGAAAGGAGUCACAACCAUCAGGGGUGACACCAAUAUUGUUAGCACACCAAUACCCACAAAGUAAACAUCACCCGGCUGACUGAAAUAUAGUUGUAGCUAUCAUUGAUUGACUGAAAUCUAGUUGUAGCUAUCAUUGAUAUGGAUAAUAAAGUAAAAAUGUC